AUGGUCUUGACUCUCCAGUUUUUCCGAACGAAUGCCUCAUUCUACCGUAUCCGCUUGUACCCCUGUUUGAGCCUAUGUGGGAGCUUGUCCCGCUACUUCCCUGCUCGCGCCAUUGCGUCAAAGAUUAUCUUUAACCGUUGCUAUCAGCCGUUGUUGUUCGCGAACUCCUCCACCUUGAAGUCUACAAGGAAGCUUAUUACUUCCAGACAGGUGCCGGACUCUCUCGCUCCAUUGAUGCCGCGGAGACUCCGCCGAAGAUAUCAGGGCCAUGACACAGAAAGAAUUGAAGGACCUCAAGGUUCGGGCGCUUCCGUCACUCGGCUGUGCCUAGUUGAGGAAAGAUGGGUUACCGAUGGCGGGUUGCAACCUCACCACGGGCAAGUCGCCAAGCGCGAUGGAGACCAGUGGUCUGGACCAUUAGACCCAGAAAGGCGCAUAUGGCAAUGCGUCGCGCCCAUCCUUGAUGGAUUGAACGACCCUUUCAUCUCGCUUUUGCUCUUCAUGCAUGCUUUGACUUUCUGCCGAGAUGUUCCAGCUGCAUGGGAAGUGCCUGAACCAUUCCAUGCCUCAACUCUCAAUUGCGGGCGGCAUCAUCCGAUCAAGCGACGCUACGUUGCUGCACGUAGGGCGGCGCGGCAAAGCAGAGCCUCGACCGACGGCCACUACCAGUACCGCUGCCACCACCACAACACUGGCUUCUCGGCGGGCGUGAGGAAGAGCCUCUCAAGCUCAACUCGGAAGAUUGUCAUGACAGCAACUCUGCGAUUCGAGGCCAGAAAAAUCAACAUUGGGUUAUUGAAUGAUCCGCCAACGAGAGCAUAUUGCCCAAAGGUUCUAUCCAGGAUAUGCCAUCAAAAAAAGAAGCAGCCGCACUUGACGAUGUUGUCGUUGUUGGCCCUGUCGCCGCAAGUCUCGGAGCAUCGUCCCUUGAAAACCUUGCCGAUCAAACCUGAUCUGAAUCAUCCCAACGUCUUCGGAACUGACAGACAUCAGACAACCGAGUCCCCUGGCACCCCGAACAGCAAAGGGACAGAAAAAAGCUCGGCCCGUUGUGUUGUGAUUUUUUUCUUCCCCAACAAGCUCCACCCCUCUUUCAUGGUUGUCAUGCGUCUUCUACCUCGGCCUGCUCCCGAGGCCACGAGUGUCGCGGUUUCCCCCGCGUCCAACAAUACUCCUUCUGCUGCCCUCGAAGCCACGACUGUCUGUGUGGCGUUCGUUCUCAUUGUACCAUACGACACGAGCAUUGCCAGCUUGCCAGGCACGUGCCAGGCUGAGAACCUAGGUCACAGUUUGAGGCAACCCGGCCCAGGACAUAUGGUCGUGCCUUUUCCGCACAAGGCAUUCCUGAGCUCGAAGAGAGGCUUCUCUUUCGGUCCUAGCAUUUGCGCAAAAAAUGAUCGACCCUCCAGCUAUCCGGGGCGUCGUACAUGCCACGAAAGGAUCGCCGCAAUCUGGCGCACUUCAGUUGAAGCCAGACUGGCGACACUGCCGUCGAUCUCGCGACAGGGACCGGCGCUGGACAACGCGACUAGGAUAGCGAUACCAUCUUUUGCUCGUCCAGAUCUAGGGAACUCUGCGAGACAACCGUAUGGAUGGAUCCCUGCCGUGUCAGACACCUUCAACUCCGAGUUUCCUGUUGUAGAUCCCGAGGCUCCUCGCGAUAUUCGGCAGUGGACCUGGAACCCGCCAACAUACUCUGACUUCCGCAAACCCUGGCUCGGCACAGAUACUCGCAGUGUUCCGGAGGUUCUGCUACAAGACCUAGGCAGGCCUGCAUGGCGUGCGUCGACUGGCAGUCAAGAGACGGUCGAUCACGACUGGAAAUUAGACUCUUUAUCCGACUGGAUAUCAAAGUCAAAUCCGGAUGCUAUGCUUCAGAAGUCCAUAGGUGAGAUAUUCGGAGGGUCGGCGCCUUGCAUCAGUCAUGGCGCAUCCAGAGCUGAGCACUUGUAUACUGCUUCAGAUGUGAGGUCGCCACCAACACCAGGCUAUGCGAGGACCUUGGGACGCUUGCUUGAGACUCGUCAAUGCCGGUUCCGAGGCCAAACCGGUCAGGAAUUUGACGUCCGUGUUGAUGAGCGGUCGACGAUCUGGUUAGACGCACCCCAAACGCAGCCGAGUAUGCUCUUCAAGAAGAUGGCGAGCUCUAAGUUUGAGCAGAAGAUGAACCUCAACUUGGAUAAGACAACAAGAGUACCAGGCUCAGGAGGAGCCACCGUCGGCCAAAAGCAGGACCGUUUCCUUCUCCUCUUCUUCUUCUCCUGGAAGGAUCGUAACGGAAGGCAAGAUAUCGCCACAUGUGUAGGAUAUCUGCCCACGCCAACGUGUUGGGAACUUGGGAUCAAACGGAAGGCACAUCAAAUGGAAUCUCCCCGAAAGACGGGAAGUGAAGGUUUACACGGUUCUGAACCCUCCAAGGGCAGGCGCCAGCAGAUAGACCGGCCACACACAAGACAGGAAGGCAUGAACUGUCAGGCUAUCAUAGAAGUUGGCGUCGCCGAAUCAAGCACAACUUUGGGACCGAUUCUAGAGUCUGGGCUCUGUGUCCCUUUCCGUCGCAACUCGUUCCCCUCUAUCCUGGAAGAACGAGCCUUUUCGGAAAGUCGCCGAAAGGUUGAUGGGCAAGGCUUGACCAGGCCCCUCGAGAAGAGACAAGAAACACAGCUGCAAGCCUCAAUUUCAAUCAAGCAGCCGUCCCAAGUUGGACGCUCCAAACUGCCUUGUCAAGAGAAGAAGGCCACUCCGCCGAGUAUCUCCAUAAAACCAACACGGCCUAGGAUUCUCCGUACCAGACUGUCAAAGGCCGCGCUCUACGGCUUCCAAUCUCAAACUAUGACACCCAUGGGCAACAUCGACGUUGGGCGUCGCAACGACGAAAAUUGCAAUGCUUCUCGGAAACUUCACAACCUCGCAGGACAGGCCCUUAUCUGGGUCACAGUAAUGCGUUGUCGAAGCCCGAUAGCAAUCAUUUUAUCCGUGUAUCAACGUGCGAGUCACUGCGAGGGGCUGCUGUCCAAUGUGGAGUCGAACCGGAAAUCACGCGCAGAACUUCUCCUCGAGCGCAUCAGUUCGCCGGCCACACUCGGCGAAAAGAAACUGGUGAUCUCCGACCCGGACCGGUCGCUUCGUUAUGACGUCGAGUCGACACGAUUCUCAAUGACCGGCACCGAUCGAUUAGCCCCAUAUAACCCGGAACAGCGAUGCCAACUACGGCCCCACCAUCCCGCGCCGACCGGCCAAAGCACCGAAGAAAUGGCACACGGCAACCGGGCGUAUCCGUUCCACACGUUUACAAUUUAUCCAAAAGGUUUCCUCUGCCAUUUGCCCUACCGAUUUCCGAGCGAGAGUCACUCAGUCUACUUCGAGGUGUCCCUCACAAACCGUAAACAAACUUCUCGCAACCGUAACUCCCAUCCCAUCAAGCUUUUGCAGCCACGGAAGACUGAAGGAGGGACGAAGGAUGGCCAACACCUCUCCCUCUCGGAGCCCCUCCCCGCAUCGACGUCAGUAAACCACCUACCAGCCAAACUCAGUUCCUCUGAUCCAGUGCCGUCUCUCUCACAACCCAAAAAAGCCAAACAGGCCUACUCCCUGCUUGACCUGCUUGACCUGCUAUCUCUCAGAGUCCCACGGGCGACCCAAGCAACCGGUGCACCGGCAGAGGCUUUCCAAAAAGACACAGGCAACGAUAUCGCUGCUAGGGGGAACAUUCUCACACCCACCAUAAUCAGUAAUCAAGACUGCAAAGGAGAAAGAUAUCCAAUGCAUGACAUCGCCGAUCGUGGUAGAAGAUUCCUGGACAUCAUUAGCUUGACCCAAGCCUGCAUGCGCGCAUACGUUACCAUUACAAGUUUAAGCUCAUUACGGUCAGGCCCUAGGUCCUCCCUGGUAUCAUCUAAUGCCCGCCCGAUUCAAAUAGAAUGCGUGAAGUACCAAUUUCCCUCCCCUCUUCUAUGGGCCUGCAGGAACGGUCUCGACGUGCUCUCUCGAUUGUAG